GGCUUGAAUGAGAAGACUUAAUUUUACAAAGAGUGUAUCCUCUGUAUUAUCACGUUUUUCAUCUCAAUGGAAUAAUGACUCAGACGGAUUUGAUUGGAAGUCACGUGACUUACAUGAGAAACGUGCUUUAGCUAUGAGCUAUAUCGGUGAUAUCAAAAAAAGAGUGCCAAUCCAUGAUGCAAUUAGAAUAAAGGCCCAGAUUAAUAAGGAAGCUCUUUAUUGCAACGAAAAACCAACUAGCCUUUUCGAACCCAUUUCUUCUUUAACUGAUCAUGAAGAAACACAUGAAGAUGUUAAUAAGUAUUUUAAGACUGUUAUUGACGAUUUACUAGAUGAGUUUUCCGGUGACGUCCUUAAUUCAAUUCCUGAAAGUGAUGUUUCGUUCUUAAAGAAUGAAUUUUUUGGUGAUGAGAAAGCAGAGUCAGACUGCCUACAGAAAUGGCUGAAAUAUCGACGAGAGAUAGCUGAUUAUCAAAGUUAUUUAUCUAUUCCAAUUUCGGAACAAAAUGUUUGGUCAGCGUGGUAUUUAAGACAUAUAAAGGGGAAUUGACAAACACCUAA